UCAGCUUAAUAGCCAAAGAUACUGCAUGAUAUAAAUGGCUUCCUAUAAACAUUUCUCUUUUUUCAUCUAUGCCUUUGCUUUUGCAACUGUUGAAUCAACUGCAUUUUCAUCACUGUCCACUAAUUAUUAUGACUACUCAUGCCCUAACGCUUUGAGCACCAUCAGAAGUGUUGUGGAGGCUGCUGUGCAGAGAGAGCAGCGUAUGGGAGCUUCUCUGCUACGCUUGCACUUUCAUGAUUGCUUUGUUAACGGCUGUGAUGGUUCGAUUCUGCUAGACCCUUCACCCACCAUUGACAGUGAAAAGAAUGCAUUUGCAAAUGUCCAAUCUCUUAGAGGAUUUGAAGUUGUGGAUGAGAUUAAGCAGGCUGUGGAUCAAGCAUGUGGAAAACCAGUUGUUUCUUGUGCAGAUAUAUUGGCUGUUGCUGCACGUGACUCUGUCGUGGCGCUAGGUGGGCCAACAUGGAAAGUGAAACUAGGAAGAAGAGACUCCACCACAGCAAGCCGUGUAGCAGCAAAUGCAAACAUUCCAGCACCAUUUUUCAGCCUCUCUGAACUCAUCACCAACUUCAAGAAACAUGGUCUUGAUGAGAAGGAUCUUGUUGUUCUUUCUGGAGGCCACACCAUUGGAUAUGCACGUUGUAUUAACUUCAAGGCUCAUAUCUACAAUGAUUCAAACAUCGAUCCCAACUUUGCACAAUAUCUCAAAUACAUUUGCCCUAUAAAUGGUGGUGACCAAAACCUUGCUCCUUUGGACUCAACAGCCGCGACGUUUGACGUAUCCUACUACUCUAAUUUGGUUAACAAGAUUGGACUUCUUCACUCUGAUCAAGAACUCUUCAAUGGUGGUGGUUCUACUGAUGCAUUGGUUGAAAGAUAUAGCUACAAUUCCAAGGCUUUCUAUCAGGACUUUGCAAAAUCUAUGAUUAAGAUGGGAAACAUAAAGCCUCUCACCGGGAGUAAAGGGCAAAUUCGUUUCAACUGCAGGAAAGUGAACUAAUUCAUUACAGAAAUGAAGAAUCAAGUAUGUGAUGCAGGUUCCAACUUAUUAUGUUGUAAUGUAAUAUUUUUUGUAGAUGUAUCCUUCAUGAUACAAUAUUUGUUUGUUUUUCGUUUUGAUUAAAAUGUACU